GGUCACGUGACGGGGGUGUGGGCCGCGUCCCGGCGGAAGCGUGAGGGACCGAGCAGGGAACGGCGGCUGGCGGCGGCGGGAGCGGGGCUGGCGCCGCAGGAGCAGACGUGCCGCAGAGCGGGGGACACGGCUGUCACCACGGAGUCCGCCAGCAGCAACACCGCGGCGGCCACCGCCGCUUCGCGGGCCGCGGGCGCCGGGGACCAGGCAAGCUCGCUGCCCCCGCCCAGGAUGCAGCGCAGGAAGAGGAACGCGGGCAGCAGCUCGGACGGCACGGAGGACUCGGAUUUCUCCACGGACCCCGAGCACACGGACAGCUCCGAGAGCGACGGCACCUCCCGGCGCUCCGCCCGCGUCACCCGCUCCUCCGCCCGCCUCAGCCAGAGCUCCCAGGACUCCAGCCCGGUGCGGAACCCGCCGGCGUUCGGGCCGGACGAGCCGGUGUACUCCACGCGGAGGGUGACCCGCAGCCAGCAGCAGCCAGCUCCUGUCACCCCCAAGAAGUACCCGCUGCGACAGACGCGCUCCUCGGGCUCCGAGACCGAGCAGGCCGUGGACUUCUCGGACAGAGACACCAAAAACGCAGCGGACCACGACGAGUCCCCGCCCCGCACCCCCACGGGGAACGCGCCGUCCUCGGAGUCCGACAUCGACAUCUCCAGCCCCAACGUGUCCCACGACGAGAGCCUGGCCAAGGACAUGUCCAUGAAGGACUCGGGCAGCGACCUCUCCCACCGGCCCAAGCGCCGCCGCUUCCACGAGAGCUACAACUUCAACAUGAAGUGUCCCACUCCUGGCUGCAACUCCCUGGGACACCUGACCGGGAAGCACGAGCGCCACUUCUCCAUCUCGGGGUGCCCUCUCUACCACAACCUCUCAGCAGAUGAGUGCAAGGUGCGGGCACAGAGCCGGGACAAGCAGAUUGAGGAGCGGAUGUUGGCCCACAGGCAGGAUGACAACAACAGGCACGCCACCAGGCACCAGGCCCCCACAGAGAGGCAGCUGCGCUACAAAGAGAAGGUGGCUGAGCUCAGGAAGAAGAGGAACUCGGGGCUCAGCAAGGAGCAGAAGGAGAAAUACAUGGAGCACAGGCAGACCUAUGGCAACACCAGGGAGCCUCUCCUGGAGAACCUGACCAGCGAGUACGACCUGGAGCUGUUCCGCAGGGCCCAGGCCCGCGCCUCCGAGGACCUGGAGAAGCUGAGGCUGCAGGGGCAGAUCACCGAGGGCAGCAACAUGAUCAAGACCAUCGCGUUCGGGCGCUACGAGCUGGACACGUGGUACCACUCGCCCUACCCCGAGGAGUACGCGCGCCUCGGGCGCCUCUACAUGUGCGAGUUCUGCCUCAAGUACAUGAAGAGCCAGACCAUCCUGCGCAGGCACAUGGCCAAGUGUGUCUGGAAGCAUCCCCCGGGGGACGAGAUCUACCGCAAGGGCUCCAUCUCUGUCUUCGAGGUGGAUGGCAAGAAGAACAAGAUCUACUGUCAGAACCUGUGUCUGCUGGCAAAGCUUUUCCUGGACCACAAAACCCUUUAUUAUGAUGUGGAACCCUUCCUUUUCUACGUCAUGACAGAGGCUGACAACACUGGCUGCCACCUGAUCGGGUACUUCUCCAAGGAGAAGAAUUCCUUCCUGAACUACAACGUGUCCUGCAUCCUGACCAUGCCCCAGUACAUGAGACAAGGCUAUGGCAAAAUGCUCAUUGACUUCAGCUAUUUGCUGUCUAAAGUAGAAGAGAAAGUUGGCUCCCCAGAGCGUCCCCUGUCUGACCUGGGCCUGAUCAGCUACAGGAGCUACUGGAAGGAAGUUCUGCUGCGGUACCUGCACAACUUCCAGGGCAAGGAGAUCUCCAUCAAAGAGAUCAGCCAGGAGACUGCUGUGAACCCCGUGGACAUCGUGAGCACCCUGCAGGCCCUGCAGAUGCUCAAGUACUGGAAGGGCAAACACCUGGUCCUCAAGAGACAGGACCUGAUCGAUGAGUGGAUCGCCAAGGAGGCCAAGAGGUCCAACAGCAACAAGACCAUGGAUCCCAGCUGCCUGAAGUGGACCCCUCCCAAGGGCACCUAAGUGUCCCCAGCAGAGCAGGGCCGCAGGGAUGCGUGUGCUGCCGUGGUGGCUGGCUGCUGCAGUGUCCCCAGGACGGGUCACCCCCGUGUCCCUGUGUCCCCCCGGUUCUGAGGAACUCGCGUGGUCCGGCCUCAGUGAGGCCGCGAGGACUGGAAGAGGCUGGGAGCCCCAGGAAGCUGAGGAGCUCUGACUGCUGGGCCUGUCCCUGUCCCUGCUGUCCUGCUCCGUCCCUCUGUCCCUCCUGCAGCUUCCCUGGCUGCUGGGCUCACCCCUGGCUCUUGGACAGUGCUGGAAAUGCUUCUGUGGGGCAGCCCUGCGGUGACUUGGGGCUGCUCCUGUCCCAUUCUGUCUGAAAUAGCUUUAGUGGGGUCAUUGCCCCUCUCCCAGCAGUUUUCCCUAGGAUCCAGCAGAUCUUCACUUAGUUCCUGUUGUACAGCCAGAAUUGCACCUCCUGCACCUGAGGGAGUCACUGGGUGUUGCUGUCACCCCCUCCUGGAGCCACCACAGCCCUGCUGGAAGCACCUCUGGAGUAGAAUUCCCAUUUUUCCUGGUGUGUAUCUUGUGGAAUUGCUGAGUUCCUGUACAUAAACCACCUGCUGAGUGUAUUCCCCUGGAAAUGUUUUUCCCAGAGCAGCCUUCCUGGAAUUGCAGGUCCCUUUUUAUUGGGAGUUUUUUUCCCUCUCCAGGCUGAAGGAAUCCAAACUUUGGCCUUUUCCAAAGAGCCACAGGAACUCCCAGCACCAAUUCCAGGAGCUGUUGGGCUGCUGUGCUCCAGGGAGGGAUGGAUUCCCUGGCAGAGCAAAAAAAUAGCUUUGAUUCCUCCCUCCCAUCAGCAGAAAUAUCCCAGAAUGGCCUCCCAGUAAAACCACUGUCCUCAUGCCACCCAUCCCUGUGUGGCUCCAGUGUCACUGGCAGAGGGGACAGCCCUGGGAAGGGGCUGAAUUCCCUGAUCCCAGUGCUGAAUUCCCUGGUCCCAGUGCUGGUUUCAGUGAUCCCAGUGCUGGUUUCAGUGAUCCCAGUGCUGAUUUCAGUGAUCCCAGUGCUGAUUCCUCCAUCCCAGUGCUGAUUUCAGUGAUCCCAGUGCUGAUUUCAGUGAUCCCAGUGCUGAUUCCUCCAUCCCAGUGCUGAUUUUGCUGAUUUCCUCCAUCCCAGUGCUGAUUUCAGUGAUCCCAGUGCUGAUUCCUCCAUCCCAGUGCUGAUUUCCUCCAUCCCAGUGCUGAUUUUGCUGAUUUCCUCCAUCCCAGUGCUGAUUUCAGUGAUCCCAGUGCUGAUUUCAGUGAUCCCAGUGCUGAUUCCUCCAUCCCAGUGCUGAUUUCCUCCAUCCCAGUGCUGAUUUCCUCCAUCCCAGUGCUGAUUCCUCCAUCCCAGUGCUGAUUUCCUCCAUCCCAGUGCUGAUUUCAGUGAUCCCAGUGCUGAUUCCUCCAUCCCAGUGAUUCCUCACAGAACAGGCUGUGAAAUGAAGCACUCCUUGGCCGGUGGGAGCCAUUCCCAUUAACCACUGCCCCAUCCUGACUGGAAAACUUCCCUCCUGCUUCCCUGCCUUUCUCCUGGACCCCGCCAGCCCCUGGCUGCUGGCUGUGGCCCUCGUGGGCAUUAGUGACUCUGCUGUCCCUGUCCCCAGCUCAGAUUCCCAGGAAUGUCCCGGGCAGGGGGGAGGCCGUGCUGCUCCUGUACCCACUCCUCAAUAAAAGCAUGUUCCUGC